AUGUCACGUAACCGGCUUUUAAAAGGGUCAGUCUUACUGACUCUUACCGGCGGUGACACCGCAAUCGAUCGUUGUACAAUAAUUAAAGCAGUUGGUGAUAUUGUCGGGUCAACAGAUGAUAUCGAUUCAAUAGGUAAUUUAGGUUCGACCAGGGAAUGGUUUAUUAUGUUUAGUACGCAAACUGCACAACAAACUUUGUUACAGAAAAAUGAAUUAAGAACACCCAAACAAACGUUUUCUGUACAAUCACCAUUUCAGGAAUUUAAAACAAUUCGUUUGCUGGGCGUACCGACAACAAUUAAAGAUGAUUAG